AUGUUAACAUACAAUCGACUCUAUGAAGUAACUAACCCAAUAACAUUUCCAUUUGGAGUUUCAUGUCACCCAUUUGAGUGUGAACCUCCUUUUCCGUGUGGAGAAGUUAUUGAGAAAAAACCAUUUCAAUGUAAUAAAUGUGGUGCUUAUGAUAAUUGUUUUAAUCUUCGGGUGAAUGGAGAAUUCCUUUGUUGUGUUUGUGGAACUAUGAACCCGACAUUUAUCACAUAUAAAAAUUUUACAUCAAAUUCAUUAGUUGUUUGUCCUUCUAUGUGUCAACCAACAAAUUUCUUCUUCAACAACAAUAAAUUAAAAUUACAAAUUUCUAUUGAAACUAUUGUUGUCAUAUUUAUGCAACCAAAAGAAGCAGAUAAAUUCGUAAAAGAAUGUUUAAAAGAGUUAUGGAAACGUAUACAAAAGAAAUCUGUUAAAAGAAAAUUAUUAAUAGUUGUUCAAAAUGAUGAAGGACUUCAUUUAGGGUCUUUUAAAGGAAAUCAAAUUCAUUUAAUAACUAUUCCAAAAGAAGAAAUCACAGAAGAUAAUUUUUGUUUAAAAGAGAUGAUAAAUGAAAAUACUUUUAGAUUUGAAGAAACAGUAGAUGAAUUAUCUUUUGAUAAUAUUACUGAUACUAUGCUAGCUUUUAAUAACAGAAUUCGAGGAUCAGAACAAUGUUAUGAAUUACUUCAUCAAAUUAAUACCUUUGAGAGUGAUAUGAGAGUGUGUCUUUUUAGUGGUGAAAUAAUAAGAGAAUCUAUACAAAUAGAUAUAGAACAAGUCCGUUACAAAUUUCCAAUUCAUUUUAUAUUAUUUUCUUCUUGUUGUAAUGAAAUAAUAAAAAUAAAUAAAAUUAUUGAACAAACUGGUGGAUCUUUACAUAUUUGGAACAUCAACCAACAACAUUUAGAUAUUUGUUAUAGAGAUUUAUUUGAUAGGUUAUUAUGUGUAAGAACUCGAGGAGGUGAUAAACUUUUAUUUUUUUCACACAACUCUAUCAAAGCAAAUUUUCAUAAUGAAUUCUUUCAACCAAAUGAACCAAUCCCUUCACUGAACCCAUUCACAUACUUCCAUUUUAUAUUAUCGUUCAAUAAAGCAAUAUCAUUAAAUUACUUUCAAAUAGUAUUUACUGAUGUUUUCUUAAAAGAUGGAAAAGCAAUUCCUUUCACAAGAAUUGAAACUAUUAAAGUUGGACAUACCAAAGAUACUUUUAAAUUUUUUGACAAUUACCCACCAGCACUAGCAUUAUCUACUUGUAUGCAAUUUAAUAAAGAUGAUAUGUUAAAGAUAUUACCUAAUAUGAUCAAAUAUUAUCAACCAAUUCAAACACAUCCUUUAUUUAAACUCCUUGCACAAACUCUUCAUAUCGUCAGUGUAUCAGCACUCUAUUCACCUGAUCCAUUAAUGUCUUCUUUAUCACAUUAUUUAUUGAUACAACACUCCCCUCAAUAUUCAAUGGCAAUUUUUAAUCCACCAAUUAUCAUUUAUUCUACACUACAAUCUCUUCAACAAAAACCAACAAUAACCCCUUCAUUACAGGAACUCAUUAAAAUGAGUCCUGACCUUGUAUUAUAUCCUUCUCAACGUCUUCUCUUGGUUUUAUAUAAUCCAAGAAUUAUAAAAAACCAAAAUAUUCCACUUAGAGAUAAUAUUAAACAUAUCACUCAUAUUCUAGCUGCUAUUGACUCAUUUAAAAGGCUUAGUUAUGAGCGUCCACAAAGAUAUAUUAUAUAUGAUUUCUUAUUAACUGAUCCAAUCUUGACAAAAUAUAUUCACUAA